AUGGCUGCUGUUGCUGUUACUUCAUUUACACACACAGCUUACAGCUCUCAUCACUUAAAGAAAAAACAAUGGCCUCAAGCCAAGUGCAUGAAGAUUACCAAUGUCAUGACUCCAAAAGUUGAAGCACAAACACACUUAAACGUUGUUGAAAUUAAAGACAGAUCUUCUUUACUGGCUGAUGAUAAUGCAAAGCCGACAAGGAAUGAUGAAGUUCAAGAUAGUACAGGUACAGAGUCUCAAGUCCUAAGGUUUUCGGACGAGCGAUGGAAGAACGGAACUUGGGAUCUCAAUAUGUUUGUGAAAAAUGGUAAAAUGGAUUGGGAUAGUGUCAUAGUUGCAGAAGCACAACGGAGGAAAUUCCUGGAACUUUUCCCAGAAGCAGCAACAAACCAAGAACCUGUGGUCUUUAGAAGUUCUGUUAUACCAUGGUGGGCAUGGAUGACGCAUUCUCACCUCCCUGAAGCUGAGCUGCUAAAUGGAAGAGCUGCAAUGGUGGGAUUUUUCAUGGCUUAUCUAGUGGAUGUUUUAACAGGGCUUGAUGUUGUAGGCCAAAUGGGUAAUUUCAUAUGUAAAACUGCCCUAUUAGCAACAGUUGCAGGUGUAAUUCUGUUUAGAAAAAGGACAGAUUUUGACAAGUUAAAGAAGCUAGCUGAUGAAGCUACAUUUUAUGACAAGCAAUGGCAAGAUCAACCAGCUUCUACAAAUCGUGAUUCAAAGCAACAAAGAAAGUGA